UGAGCCUAUCCAUCCAUCAAAGCGGGGUCGGUGUUUCAUUGGUGAAAGACUAGCCGUCGUCUCUGACUCUCGCGGUACUGCUGCACGAAGAUGGCGGCCGAACUGGUGGAAGCGAUGAACAUGGUCAAAAGUUUCCGGGUCUCAGACCUGCAGACGCUGCUGGCCUCGAUGGGCCGCAGCAAAAGUGGGCUGAAACAGGACCUGGUGGGGCGUGCACUGAGGCUCGUGCAGACCGAAUACAGCCCGGAGCUCCUGAAGAACGUCAGGCAGCUCUACGAGUCGCGCUUCCCCAAAACGUCUGGCUGGCUCGCGGCACGGCGUCCAGAUGGGGUACCUGUUGGCUACUCAUCCCUCAGCUCCUCCCCCACUGCCACCUCUCAGGGCGCAGACUACCUCAACGGCAUUUCCAAAACGGCCCCCACACCUGCAGCAGAGGUCAAGCUGGUGCCACUGCCCUUCUACCAAACGUUGGAGACACUGUUGUUACCAACAGAGCUAAUUUCCCAGAACAAUGAGAAACUGCAGGACAGUCAAUGCAUAUUUGAAUUAACACCACACCAAGCAGACCAGAUCAGAAAUGCAAGUGAGCUUCGUCCAGGAAUGAGAUCAAUCCAAGUGGUUCUGAGAAUCUGUUACACCGACUCCAUCGGGGUCCAAGAAGACCAAUAUCCUCCCAACAUUGCUGUCAAAGUCAACCAGUCGUACUGUCACGUGCCGGGCUAUUACCCCUCUAAUAAGCCCGGUGUGGAGCCCCGCCGUCCUUGUCGCCCUGUUAACAUCACCCCCUGGUUGCAUCUCUCCAGUGCCACCAACCGGGUCACCGUCACCUGGGGAAACUUCGGCAAGCGGUACUCUGUGGCGGUGUACCUGGUGAGGGUUUUCACUGCAGCCGACCUCUUCAGCCAACUCAAACUCUGCUCCGAGGAGAGCGCAGAGCGCUGCCGUGAACGCAUUCAAGAAAAACUACGUUUUGACCCGGAGAGUGAAAUUGCAACAACGGGCCUCCGGGUGUCUCUCAUUUGUCCACUGGUGAAGAUGCGGCUCGGUGUUCCAUGUCGAGUUUUAACCUGCGCCCAUCUUCAGUGUUUCGACGCGGUCUUCUUCCUGCAGAUGAAUGAGAAGAAGCCCACAUGGACCUGCCCAGUCUGCGACAAGCCCGCCCCCUUCGAGCUGCUCACUAUCGAUGGGCUGCUGUCGGAUAUCGUGAAAGAGACGAGUGAGGACAUCGAGGAGAUCGAGUACUUGACUGACGGCUCCUGGCGACCCAUCAGAGAUGAAAAGGAGCGGGACCGAGAACGAGAACGCAGCAACACUCCGGAGUACCCCGUUGUUGAUAUAUGCAUUCCCGAGGCCAACGGGCAUUCGCCGGCCCACAGCAGCACCAGCCUGACGGGUAAAUCCGGGAGCGGCUCUGUGGGGAUGGCGGGGGGACCCGUGGCAGGAGGCGCGGUGGUAGAUCUGACUCUUGACUCCUCCUCCGAGGAAGAGGAAGGCGGCGGCGCGGGGGGAGACAGCGAGGACACUGAGGACAGCGCCGACAGUCCGGCGCCGAAGAGGGGCCGGUACAACUACGACAAGGACCUGGUCACGGCCUACUGACCCCCCCCCAGACACCCACCCACCUCCCCCACCUCCCCCUCCUACCCCCCCCCAAGCUCGGUCCCCGCGCACACAGAGACAGAGAGGCGGGGAGCUGAAGGGACGAAGACACAGUGACCCACUAGAUGCAACGACCCUCCCCUCAGUCCACAAAAAAAGCCGUAAAAGUCGGAGCCUUUUAGCGGCUCUCUGGUUUGUAUCCAGUCCAAACGCACUCAAACAAGCUGUUAGGCCUCCACCCCGGAGGCAUCAGGAGUCCUCUCCGUACUGCACACCACUGGAAGCAACUCGAGCUCUUCUUGGCCAACACUCACCUUGCAGAGAACAUCUGCACCGUCCUGCCUCUACUCAAAGAGACUGAAUGGAUCGUGCACCUCCUCUCUAUCUCUCUCUCUCUCUCUCUCUCCACCUCAUCUCUCUUUGACUUGGAAUUACUGGCUCUUUCAGCCGUGGGCAUUUGAUGUCGAUGCCUUUUUGGAUUUUUGUCACAUUUGUGAUGAACAGGCAAGUUGAAAAUCAAGGCUCCUCGUGCAGCUUUUGGUAAAAAGUUCAAACAACUAAUGGAAAAGGUGAGAAUUAAGAGGGUGGAAAUUUGGGGGGGGAAGACGUGAGAUAUCUGGAGUGUGAUGAAAAUUAAAACCUCCCAUUGUGUUUAUUUCUUUCUUCAAACUAUGAAUUUUUUUUUUUUUUCAGGAUUUUUUCCUUUUUAACAAUGAAAGGGCAGAUCACAAUACUGGCCUCAAUAUGUGAUGCUUUCCAUUUUUUUUUUUGACCUUCACUAAAGAGAACCUACCUCAGUCAUAAAAUAGUUGCAGACUGACCAGAGAGUAGCUUACAAAGAGGCGGAAUCAGUCUUUAUGAAGCCAAUAUUACACUGGAUAUUUAGUUUUCCUUCAUUUUUAUUUUUUUUAAUUCCAUCGUCCCGUGCAGCUCUGUUCCCUCCUGCAGCCACCGGGUCUUAAAGGGUGAGAGUGAGUAACCGAGGUAACGGUAGGUGUCAGUGAUGAGCCAGUUGUGGGUGGAACAGAAUUGCAGUUCUCGCGCUGCAGAAGGAUUUGUUGGGAGUGAUUUAUAUCUGCAUUCCACGCAUCAAUAUCACUGUGCCAAAGCAGGUCUGUUUUAUGAAUUCACUGACGGCGAGAUUUUGUUGCCUUUUUUUUUUUUUUUUUUGUCAUUUUAAUUUGAGUGGUGAAGAUAGGAGCCCUUUUUUUUAAGGCUAGCUGAAGGUUUUAUUUAGUUGAGGGUUUUCUUAAAUAUAUAUAUUUUUUCGAGGCAGAAUACAAUCUGUGGUAAAGGACAGAUCGUGGUGCCGGAAUCAAGAAGAGCUGUCACCCCCCCCGCCCCCCCUCCAUCCCACACAUUUUGACGUAUCAUAUUUAUUUAAUAGAUUCACAUUUUCUUCAGUUUUGUGUAACCUGUUGACUUAACAUUUGGCUGUUGUUCUGUGCGUAAGCUGCUAUUGCUGCUGUGGUCUGAGUGCUUUAGUUGAGGUUGGUUUCGGGCUCGCUUUCCCCCCUGAACGAAUCCGACACAAGUUAAAGCACCUUUUUUUUUUUUUUUUCUUCUGUGCAAGGCCUAAUCGGGUGUUGAUGCGUGCAGAACAAGUGCCGCCCCUCCCUCCCUCCCUCCCCGGCCACAGGUCAGAUCUACUCGCUGGAAAAGAACUACAUGCCCCAUGCGGUCUAUCUUUCACCAGGUAUUCCGCUCUCACCUGCAGCAGCGUUGUGGGCUGCGUGGCUUUGGGGUUUCGUCGAAGGUCGAAGGUCAAUCAGUGUUUGCUCUGAGAGGAAAGACGCCGCUGUGUGGCCAGAGCUGUUUGCACUUUCAUCCGAUUCGCCAUCCUAACUUUAAAAGGCUUAUUCAUUUCAAAGCCCUCAUGUAGUGAGUAUUAAUCUGGGACCUCUGACCUUUUUUUUUUUUUUUUUUGGAUCAGUUCUUCGCAAACCAUCUCUUGAGGUUGGGGGAGGGGUGGUUGAAGUCACUCGGAUGAAAUGAAAUCCACGUACGUUUCCCUGAUGUCGUCAUUCCUUUGUUACGGAUUGACCAGACCAGCAUCUGUUGUUUUUUUUCUUUGGCGUUGCUCAUCGCGGGGAAAAUGACAUCUGCGCAUCGAUCGAGGCCUCGCCGUUGCAAGUGCGUCCUCCCGACAAGUUUGAUUGGGAAAAGUAGGUAGUCAAAUCUGGUCUUCCAUUUUCCUCCUCCUUCUGACACUGAGGAGCUUUACAGAAUCAAUAUACUGUUGAAAUGUUUGAUGAUCCACACAAAAUUGAUUGAUUGGCGCCAUUACCGCCCGUACAUCAUCCUUCUGUCCCUGAAAAGGAAAUUCCAUCGAAGGCGCUUUGAAACCUAUAUAAUGUAAAGAACUCUAAUACCUUUCUUUAACUAGGCAAUUUGUAUUUGUAAGUAACUGCUAUACAUAUAAGAAAUGACAUUGUUCACUUGUCUCUGUAAAAAAAAAAGUUGAAUUGUUUUGAGUGGAUCCCACCCCCCCCCCCCCCCCUAAAACUUUUCUUUGCCUCGUGGUUAAAGAUGAGCGGUUGUUGCUUCUGUGGAACUGAGCCAGUCGUUUGGGAGCCGGAGAGAGAGCGGAGGGUCUGUUCUUUUUGUAGUGGCAUCUCUUCUUCUUCUUCUUAUAAUAAUGCAUAAGGUAGCAUGGGCAGAGGCUUACAAUCCAUGAUGUAAAUGUUUCGUUUGUUGUGUUUUUUUUAUAUGUUCAUAUUAAAAGACAAUAAAAUUAAAAUAAUAUUUUAUUAAGCCUUGAAUCGCCUCCAGUUGUUCCUCCAGGCAAACGGACAAUAAGAAUGCUGUUGGGGGCAGCAUGCGGCCGAAGCCACAGAGGACUGGGAGGACUGGUUGUGAGGUGGAGGUUGAUUUGGGCCUGUACCAAACGCUCUGACCUGGGGACACAAUAUCAUGCCUGUUGAGGAUAAAACUGUACAAUUUGAAAUAUCGUAU